UACGCGAGAAGAAUCCGAACCGAAGUAAAAGAAAAUGGCCAUCAAUCAGCUGUCCAAACUGACACCAAUCUGCCCUGCAAGAAACAAAGUUGAAUCACGGGGGAAGAACAUUCCAAAAACCCAAAAAAAACGAAGAAGGAGAAAUGCUCUGGCUUGCAUUUCUUCUUCGAGCACUGCUCUCUCUUCAAAAACCCUAAAGAAAAAGAGCAAAAUAUGCAAGGAUGGGUACCUGAAACGGAGUCUCAAGGGGAAGAAUUGCAGAAUAAGCUCACUCUCCUCUCCAAUGGCGGUCUCUAGCAUGAUUCCCGCCAUUUCUGCUCUCUUCGCCUUCUCUUUUCUCCAUCUUUUGUUUUCUGUAAAUUCAUCAUCUUUGUCACAAGAGAUUAUUAAACAGCAAGAGCAGGAGAAAGAUCCCUUUGUUGGGUUCAACAUUGGCACUGAUGUCUCCAAUCUGUUGUCUCCGACAGAAUUGCUUCGGUUCUUGCAGGCUCAGAAGAUAAACCAUGUCCGUUUAUAUGAUGCUGAUCCUGAUUUGCUCAGAGCAUUUGCCAAAACCAAGAUCCGGGUUAUCAUCAGCGUGCCCAAUAACCAGCUUCUAGCAAUUGGAUCCUCGAACAGCACUGCUGCAUCCUGGAUCGAUCGCAAUGUCGUUGCUUAUUAUCCCGAAACCCUAAUAACAGCCAUUGCUGUUGGAGAUGAGGUUUUGACAACAGUCCCUUCUUCUGCUACUUUGCUGCUACCUGCAAUUGAGUCUCUGUACAGUGCUCUGGUUGCUGCAAAUCUCCAUAACCUGAUCAAGAUUUCUACACCACAUUCGUUUUCUAUCAUGCUCAAUACAUUCCCGCCAUCACAAGCAUCAUUUAACCAGAGCUGGAACUCGGUUAUGGUUCCACUGCUUCAGUUUUUGUCGAGAACAGGUUCUCCUCUGAUGAUGAAUCUGUAUCCUUACUAUGUGUUUAUGCAGAACAAAGGCGUGGUUCCGCUCGAUAAUUGUUUAUUCAAGCCCUUGACACCCUCUAAGGAAAUGGUCGAUCCGAACACUUUACUGCAUUACACGAACGUGCUGGAUGCCAUGAUCGAUGCUGCUUAUGUCUCGAUGAGAAACCUUAACGUGACAGAUGUAGUUGUUCUCGUGUCUGAAAGUGGGUGGCCCUCGAAAGGAGAUGCUAAAGAGCCAUACGCCACUAUUGACAAUGCUGAUAUGUAUAACUCCCAUCUGAUCAAGCACAUCUUUGAUAGAACUGGCACCCCUUUACACCCGGAAAUGACAUCAAGUGUUUACAUAUACGAGUUGUUCAACGAAGAUUUACGGGCUCCUCCAUUGAGUGAAGCUAAUUGGGGUUUGUUCUACGGGAAUUCCACUCCAGCUUAUCUGCUUCAUGUAUCGGGAAGCGGAACUUUCCUGGCGAAUGAUACGACCAACCAGACGUAUUGCACUGCAAUGGAUGGUCCUGACAAGAAGGCACUUCAGGCUGCACUUGAUUGGGCUUGUGGUCCGGGAAGGGCUAACUGUAGCGAGAUUCAGCCCGGGGAGAGUUGUUAUCAGCCGAAUAACGUAAAGAGCCAUGCCUCUUACGCUUUUGAUAGCUAUUACCAGAAGGAAGGAAAAGAUCCCGGUUCUUGUGACUUCAAGGGUGUGGCAAUGAUCACGACCACAGACCCAAGUCACGGAAGCUGUAUUUUUCCAGGAAGCAAGAAGGUCGGGAACGAGACGAGGACGGAAGUGAACUCGAGGCAAGCUCCGACCGGAGGAGUUCCGGCGAAUCUCUCCGGAGGCUGCUUUAGUCUUAUGGCUCUUCUAACUUUGUAUGUGUUUUUUUGUUUACCUUUGUGCUGAUUUUCCAAAGGUAAAUUAGUAUUGUUUUUUCCUUACUGUUUUACGGUGAUUGUUUUUUUAGACAAAAUACGAAAUUUAUUUUCCACGUGUGCAUCAUGUAUUGGGUGUAAACAUGUAUUGUCAUGAAUAAAACUGGUCUGAUUUUUUAAUGUUUUAUUUA